GCGCUCCCCGCGCCGCCGCUCCGCCAGCCGGCCCGCCGCCGCCGCUCGGCCCCGGCCGGGCGGGGACUUGGCAGACACUCCCGGGGAGAGAGGGAGAGUGCCUGCCCCCGCUGCCGCCGCUCCGCUGUGGCUUUUGGGUGGAGGAGGAGGAGGAGGAGGAAGGUCUGGGAUCGGCCGAGGAGCAGCAGCAGCAGCAGCCGCCGCCGCCGGAGAGGACGAGACAGGAGAGAGAGAGAGACGGAGAGGCGGCUGGAGCCCCCCAAAGUGCCCCCCCGUCCCUGCACUGCAGGCUACAUUUCCAGCUUCAUGGGCAAAGUGUGGAAACAGCAGAUGUACCCCCAGUACACCACCUACUACUACCCCCAGUAUCUGCAGGCGAAGCAGUCCAUUGUACCGGCCCACCCAAUGGCUCCUCCUAGUCCCAGCACCACCAGCAGUAAUAACAACAGUAGUAGCAGCAGCAACUCAGGAUGGGAUCAAUUAAGUAAAACAAACCUUUACAUCAGAGCACUGCCUCCAAACACCACUGAUCAGGACCUGGUAAAAUUAUGCCAACCGUAUGGGAAAAUUGUAUCCACGAAGGCUAUUUUGGAUAAGACAACAAACAAAUGCAAAGGUUAUGGUUUUGUUGACUUUGACAGCCCAGCAGCUGCUCAGAAGGCAGUUUCUGCUUUAAAGGCUAGUGGAGUCCAAGCACAGAUGGCAAAGCAACAAGAACAAGACCCAACUAACUUAUACAUUUCUAAUUUGCCGCUAUCAAUGGAUGAGCAGGAGCUUGAGAACAUGCUGAAGCCAUUUGGGCAGGUUAUCUCCACAAGAAUACUGCGGGACUCAAGUGGGACAAGCCGUGGUGUUGGCUUUGCAAGGAUGGAGUCAACAGAAAAAUGUGAAGCAGUGAUUGCUCAUUUUAAUGGAAAAUUCAUAAAGACACCAGCAGGAGUUUCUGUUCCUGCAGAACCUUUAUUGUGCAAAUUUGCUGAUGGAGGACAGAAAAAGAGACAGAAUCAGAAUAAAUAUAUACAGAAUGGAAGAGCGUGGCACAGAGAAGGCGAGGUGAGACUUGCUGGAAUGACACUCACGUAUGAUCCAACCACAGCUGCUUUACAAAAUGGAUUUUAUCCGUCACCCUACAGUAUUACAGCAAACAGAAUGAUCACUCAGACGUCUAUUACGCCAUAUAUUGCUUCUCCGGUUUCCACAUACCAGGUUCAGAGUCCUUCUUGGAUGCAGCCUCAACCAUAUAUAAUGCAGCACCCAGGUGCUGUACUGACUCCCUCCAUGGACCACACCAUGUCACUACAGCCUGCAUCGAUGAUAAGCCCUCUGACACAGCAGAUGAGUCAUCUUUCAUUAGGCAGUACUGGAACAUACAUGCCAGCCACAACAGCUAUGCAAGGAGCCUACAUACCCCAGUAUACACAUGUCCAGACAGCAGCGGUUCCUGUUGAGGAAGCAAGUGGUCAACAACAGGUUACAGUAGAGACGUCCAGUGACCAUUCUCCAUAUACGUAUCAGCAAAAUAAGUAACUGUGAGCUCUGACCUUUCUGUGUUACAGAUGUCCAGUGUUGACCUGGCCUGGAGAAGGGUGCAAAGGCUGAAACAAUCAUGGAUUUUACUGAUCAAUUGUGCUUUAGGAAUUAUUGACAGUUUUGCACAGGUUCUUGAAAAUGUUAUUUAUAAUGAAAUCAACUAAAACUAUUUUUGCUAUAAGUUCUAUAAGGUGCAUAAGAAAAACCUUAAAUUCAUCUAGUAGCUGUUCCCAUGAACAGGUUUAUUUUAGUAAAAAAAAAAUUUUUAUCAAGUGUUAUGACGCAAAAAAAAUAUUCAAAUUUCUGGGUAUGCACAGAUGACCACGAAGACUUAUUCAUGUGCAUGACAGAAUUUGUGUUUUGGUUUAUUUUUAUUUUGUUUAUUUCGUUUUUGGGUUUUUUUUAAUUGUAUGAAAUGGGUUUUCUGAAGUUUAAAAUAGUAAAACAUCCAAGAUGAUGUUCUGUGCUUGCAGUGUGUGAGUGUUGCUUUAGUGCAGUGUUGCAGUUAUAGUGUCUGGUCUUUUAGCUUUCUGUUUUUCUUUUAAUGUAGUGUGAAGUGUCUUAUCCUUUUCUAUAAAUUCCAAUUUGCCUUAAAUCUUUCAAUGCUGUAGCUGUUUCAGUAAGUAGUCCAAACUAAUGGUGUAGAGUGCUUUGACCAAAUGAGCUGGUCUAUUAUGCCUUGUAAAACAGCAGCAUAGGGCUUUUAAAGGUAGUCAAUAAAAAUUGCUGAAAAUUUGGCUUUUUUAA